AUGGAAAUCCCUCCUAACCACCCAACCAACAUACCCUCCCCAACAACCUCCAUAUCCCCACCCGACACACCAACCCCUACCCCAUGGACCAUCCAUGAUCAACUUCCGUCCUCAGAGACUGUUACCCCCAAGGAAGCCAACACCCUCCCUGGCACGAAGUCAAAUCCAACUGCACAAAACCAGGAAAUGAGCGUUCCCCCUUACCCUGACCUCCCACAUGCAUCAACAGCGGAAGAAGAGAACAUCUUAGCGCACAUCGCUCUAGCGGAACAGAACAGACAUGACACCCCAAAUCAUAUCACCACCCUCCCUCAGUUCACCCCCACACCAAGCGGGGGUUUCCCCAAGAUAUACAUGUCACACUCGGCUCAAGUCUUCGACCACCUUGAGAAUAGGGUUUUACUUGCGUGGUUCCAAGUGAAACACCCGAAGUUUAUAGUCAGGGUCUUUGAUCACACCGGAAAAGACAUCUAUGAAAGAUCAGCAGUCAUAGCUGAACGCAUACGCACUAACAUAGCCGUAAUUGCAAACUUCGUACACCAAGGAGCACCCCCCAUUAGAGUCUCCCCCCACAACCGCUGUCCUGCAUGA